AUGUCUGGUGUGCAGCAAAUGACGAGAGGGACUGUUCUUGCAGGACUGUCCUCAGUAUCAACACCAUCUGCGCCUUCCAUGUUGUUACCUCCUGUGUCAUCGCAGAUGCAGCAUUCUAGCGAGGCUGCUGAAGAUAAGCGCAGUUCAUCGGAGGCGCCACAAUCACAUCCACCUGUAGACCUUCUCCUGCUGUUGAGCAUGUUUGAUCAGGUGGACCACUCAUCAGAACUUGCAUCAGCUUUACCUGGGGCGACACCACCUACAUCAACACUGCCGUCACAUGCUUUCCUCCAAUUCCAGGAGAGUGAGCCUACGGUACUAAAGGAACUGGUACUUCCCAACAUUCAUGCUCUGUCUCAGGGCUCUGCGGACGCGGAGUUUAUGUUACCAAGAAUAUCAGUUGCUGUGAACACUGCCCACGGUGACAAUCCAUCCCUGAUGUUGGCGUCAGAUCCCCAUCAUACGACGUUGCCUGCACCAUUGGUGACCGUAGCCUCCCAGCCCCAGAAGACCUUCCAUGACUCCAAAGAUAAAAUGCUACCACCACAAGAGCUGCCUGACCGUGGUGUGCAUAAUAGUGCUGAGCGAAAGGAAGAAUACCCAGCCGGAGAGCUGCUUCCAGGCGAUUUAAGCAAGGAGGACAUGAAUACUUACACUUCUUCUGUGCUGACAUUUAAGGAGGCUCUAGUGCCAGACAAUGUUGAGCCGAAGAAAAUUACUGAAGACGUACGCACUCUCUUCUUAACAUCGUACUCUGAAAAUGCAGGGUGUAACUCUGAUAGAUUAACCUUCACUUAG